AUGAAGCUUCUCAAAGCACUGGUUGACAGAUUGCUGUGUUGGAUAUAUGAGCAUUUUCCCAGUGUUCAUGAUAGUGUGACUGAUGAUGGCUAUGCCGAGAUGUCACCACGUGCCUACCGGUGGCUUACUAUGAAGGCUUAUAUGAAGGGAUUAACAGCAUCGACGUACCGGACACGUAUAGAUGCACUGAAGAUCACUGACAUGGGGUCCCAUUGUGGUCACACUUCGACCAGAGAGGGUGGUGCGAUAGUUUCGCUUCAAACCAUCCCUCCACCGCCUAUUAGUGCCUCCUUGUCAUAUGAGGAUAUCGACGACAGGUGGAUGCAUUACUCGGACCAUCUAGCAGCUGCGGGACAUAUUUGUCUUGUUCCUGGGAAGUGUUCAAGAGAUUACAUGGAGUGGUUCUUUGAGAUAUCUCAUCCGUUCAUCACACCCACACAGGCAGCUGAUCAACCCAGACAUCCACCUGUCCCACAACAUGAGGCAUACGUGGAGCCAAAUAUCACGGAGAUCCCAGUGGCAACAGGAGCUAGACCGUCACUGGCAGCUGAUCCCCCCAGACAUGCAAUGGAUGCUUGUGAAGCGAUUAUAGAAAGGUUGGGGCGUGUGCUCAACCUAAGGAUGGUCACUGAAGGCACAAAGUAA